AAACAACUGUUCGGGUUUAUGUUGAAUUUCAUACAAAAUUCUGUCUUAACUCCGUAAGGGAGCCGGCCAUCGCCAGUCGAUCAUUGACCCCUGUCCCCGAUCAUCCGCUAACCGCCAUUCACCUCCAUAUUCCGCCGUCUGUCCAGAUUACACUCUUUUAAUUUCUAUAAUUUCUAGAGAGAAAAGCCCCAUUUUGUUUUCUUAGAGAGAGAAAGCUGGAGAUACUGGGCCCGUAGAGAGAGAGAGAGAGAGAGAGAGAGAGAGAGAGAGAGAGUGAGAGGGACAGGGUGUUAUCGCGGUUGUGGACAGAGAGAAAUGAAGAGAUUCUUCAUUCGUCCGACCCGUCCGUAGUUCUCGCUACUUUCCGACGGCGGGGAGAGAAAGAGAGGGAUUUAAUGGCAAUGAUAUACAAGAACUUGAUUUCCAUUUUCCCCCUCACUUUCUAGGAUUCUGUUGUUUACGAGGAUCAAAUCUAGGGUUUCCGAAGUAAAUCAAAAAGGAUUUAGGUGGAAUUUGGAGUUUAGAGGUUGAUCAGUCAUGCGAAUCGGUGAAAUCCGAGUUCCAAUCUAGACAAUAAAGUUCUCGAGUUGGUGAGAGAUGGACGUGGAUUCGUCAAUGGUGUCGUCGUCGUCGGAGGCGGAUAACAAUAACAGCAACAACAUUAAUACUAAUGGCCCUGCGCCAGAGGAGCAGCUAGAGUCUAGUUCUGCGAGUGGGGAGGAUCCCGGAGAAGCUUCUUCUGCUCAGCCUUUGCAGCCGCAAGUUCAGCAGUUGCAGGCUCAGCAGGCAAGUACUAGUCCGGCGGGUGGGCCAAGGCUUGCGCCCACUUACUCUGUGGUGAACGCUAUACUAGAGAAGAAGGAAGAUGGCCCUGGUCCAAGGUGUGGACACACUUUGACAGCUGUGGCGGCUGUUGGGGAGGAAGGGACACCGAAUUAUAUUGGACCAAGACUUAUACUCUUUGGUGGCGCAACAGCUCUUGAGGGCAACUCUGCUAACGCCGGGACUCCAACCUCUGCAGGAGGUGCCGGAAUACGUUUAUCAGGUGCUACUGCUGAUGUGCACUGUUAUGAUGUGUUGACUAAUAAAUGGUCCAGAAUAACUCCAUUUGGAGAACCACCUACGCCUAGGGCAGCUCAUGUGGCAACGGCUGUGGGUACAAUGGUGGUUAUACAGGGGGGCAUUGGUCCAGCUGGGUUGUCUGCUGAGGAUCUUCAUGUUCUUGACCUAACACAACAGCGCCCACGAUGGCAUAGAGUGGUGGUCCAGGGUCCAGGCCCGGGCCCACGAUACGGGCAUGUCAUGGCUUUAGUAGGGCAACGAUAUCUUAUGGCUAUUGGUGGAAAUGAUGGAAAGCGUCCUCUUGCUGAUGUAUGGGCCUUGGAUACUGCUGCUAAGCCAUAUGAAUGGAGGAAAUUGGAACCUGAGGGAGAAGGUCCGCCUCCAUGCAUGUAUGCCACUGCAAGUGCACGCUCAGAUGGUCUUCUUUUGCUUUGUGGGGGACGGGAUGCCAACAGUGUGCCUCUUGCAAGUGCGUAUGGACUUGCAAAACAUAGAGAUGGGCGGUGGGAGUGGGCGAUUGCUCCUGGUGUUUCACCAUCUCCUCGUUAUCAACAUGCAGCGGUUUUUGUCAAUGCUCGGCUCCAUGUUUCUGGGGGGGCACUUGGUGGUGGACGCAUGGUGGAAGACUCAUCAAGUGUAGCUGUUCUGGACACUGCAGCAGGAGUGUGGUGUGAUACAAAAUCGGUUGUGACUACACCACGGACAGGUAGAUAUAGUGCUGAUGCUGCUGGUGGAGAUGCUGCAGUUGAAUUGACAAGACGUUGUAGGCAUGCUGCUGCUGCUUUUGGUGAUUUAAUAUUUAUUUAUGGUGGCUUACGUGGAGGGGUAUUGCUAGAUGAUCUUUUAGUUGCUGAAGAUCUUGCUGCUGCUGAAAUGACAUCUGCAGCAUCACACGCUGCUGCUGCAGCCGCCACAUCCAGUGCAGAGACACAGACACAGACAGGGCGGUUAGGUGGAAGGUAUGGUUUUGUUGAUGACAGAACAAGACAAUCAACUCCCGAAGCAGCUCCCGAUGGUGCAGUUGUUCUUGGAAAUCCUGUUGCUCCACCAGCAAAUGGAGACAUGUAUACAGAUAUCAGCACUGAAAAUGCCAUGCCCAUGCUUCAAGCCUCGAGGAGAUUGAGCAAAGGAGUUGAAUACUUGGUCGAGGCAUCAGCAGCUGAAGCAGAGGCGAUUACUGCAACUCUUGCUGCUGCUAAAGCACGUCAGUCCAACUCCAAUGGAGAAGUUGAUCUGCCAGAUAGGGAUCGUGGGGCAGAGGCUACCCCUAGUGGGAAACAAACCAUAAAACCGGAUCCGGAUCCCAGUCCCACUGGAGUACGCUUGCAUCACCGAGCUGUGAUUAUAGCUGCCGAGACUGGUGGAGCCUUGGGUGGUAUGGUCAGACAGCUUUCUAUUGAUCAGUUUGAAAAUGAGGGAAGGAGGGUUAGCUAUGGAACUCCUGAAAAUGCAACUGCAGCAAGGAAACUUUUAGAUCGACAGAUGUCCAUUAACAGUGUGCCCAAAAAGGUGAUAGGUCACCUAUUGAAGCCUCGUGGUUGGAAGCCGCCUGUUCGUCGGCAAUUUUUUCUGGAUUGCAAUGAGAUAGCUGAUCUUUGUGAUUGUUCUGAAAGAAUAUUUUCAAGUGAACCGAGUGUUCUACAACUAAAAGCUCCUAUAAAGAUAUUUGGUGACUUGCAUGGCCAAUUUGGAGACCUCAUGCGCCUUUUUGAUGAGUAUGGAUCCCCAUCAACUGCUGGAGACAUAGCAUAUAUCGAUUAUCUCUUCUUAGGAGAUUAUGUUGACCGAGGUCAACACAGCUUGGAAACUAUUUGUCUCCUGUUAGCUUUAAAGGUGGAGUAUCCGCAAAAUGUACAUUUAAUUCGAGGGAAUCAUGAAGCUGCUGAUAUAAAUGCACUUUUUGGCUUUCGAAUUGAGUGCAUCGAGCGCAUGGGUGAAAGAGACGGGAUUUGGGUAUGGCACAGGAUAAAUAGAUUAUUCAACUGGUUGCCACUUGCAGCUCUGAUAGAGAAAAAGAUCAUUUGUAUGCAUGGUGGUAUUGGAAGGUCCAUUAACCAUGUUGAGCAGAUUGAAAAUCUUCAAAGACCCAUCACAAUGGAAGCUGGUUCAAUAGUUCUUAUGGAUUUGCUAUGGUCCGACCCAACAGAGAAUGAUAGUGUGGAAGGACUACGACCAAAUGCCAGAGGUCCUGGAUUGGUUACUUUUGGGCCUGAUCGUGUGAUGGAGUUCUGCAACAACAAUGAUCUGCAACUAAUUGUACGUGCACACGAAUGUGUAAUGGAUGGAUUUGAGCGUUUUGCACAGGGACAUUUGAUUACCCUUUUCUCGGCCACCAAUUAUUGUGGGACUGCAAACAACGCUGGUGCAAUAUUAGUGUUAGGGAGAGAUCUGGUAGUUGUUCCAAAACUGAUUCAUCCACUUCCACCUGCGCUUUCAUCACCCGAAACUUCCCCUGAAUGGCAUAUAGAAGAUACAUGGAUGCAGGAGCUUAAUGCCAACCGACCACCAACACCAACAAGGGGUCGCCCACAAGUUACCAACGAUCGAGGCUCUCUUGCAUGGAUGUAGUUGACAGUUGUAGUUUUUCUCCAACAUCAUACAUACUGCCUACACUUUUCUUUGAGGAGUUCCCGCCCACCACCACAUCCACAUGGAAGGCCUUGUACAUUGUGAUUCAGAGAGGAGAUUUAUGGUGCUGCUGGUGGUUUACAUGAUUUUUGAUGAUGGGAAUGGGAUACACGUCAUAUCUAAUAAUGCUUUUGUUAUUCAUGUAAUUUGAAAAUUAAAACGAGCCGACUCAUAUACUGAAAAAAAAAAGUGAUGGUUGGUUGUAUCAUAGAAAGGACAUGAAUGAGGUUUGUGUUUUGGGGGUU